AUGGAACUAGAAAUAAGAAAACCAGUUAAAAACCAACAACAACAGCAACAACAACCAAAUCAAGGAAAUAAUGAAUUGUUACAUACAACUUCUAGUACAUUAUGCUCAUUUAUGUCAGCUACACCUAAUUGGACAAAUGCUGCAUUAAUUGGUGAACAUUUAUGGAAUGAUACAACUUCUACGGAAACGUGCUAUGUUGAUGAAUCAGAAUGUACUAAAUCUGGAGCGAAAAGGAAAUGCUCUGUUUGUCAUAUUGUUUGUCAUGUAAAUUGUCUUCCAUUGGUUCAGGUAUCAUGUAGACCAACGUUUCGUGAAGCAUUUAUUCAUGAUUAUCGAACAGAAAAAACUUAUACAACACAUCAUUGGGUUAAACGGCGAAAACAGAAUAAAAAAUGUAACCAUUGUGGAAAGUCUUUACAAUCAAUACUGGGAUUUUCUUCUAAAGAAUAUAUAACGAUUCAAUGCACUUGGUGUAAAAUAGGUUAUCAUAAUAAAUCAACUUGUUUUCGUGAAUCAUAUUUCACUGAACCAUGUUCAUUAGGACCAUAUUCAUGUUUAAUUGUUCCACCUGAUUGGAUUAUUAAAUUAACUGAAAGAAAUAAUCACAAAUUAUCCUCCUCUCCAUCAUCAUCAACAUCAACACCAUUAACAUCUAUAUCAAUAUAUCGAUCAAAUAGUUUUGUUACACCUUCAUGUUUAACAAAUUAUAAAUUAAAUUCAUCUCCACUACGUUCUUCAUAUUCUCGUCCAGAUAAUCUUAAUGAUUCAAAUCAAUUAAUUCAGAAUAUAUCAGAACAAUUAACUUCCAUGACAUCUAUAAUAACAAAUGAUGAUGAUAAUAAUAAUAAUAAUAAUAAUAAUAAUAAUAAUAAACAAUCUAUUUCAAUGAGUCAAUCCAAUAUGAUUGAUAUUCAAUCGAAUCUAUCAUUUGUGAUUAAAACAAAUCCAAUCAAUAAUGUUUCUUUAAAACCAUUAUUAGUAUUUCUUAAUCCAAAAUCUGGUGGUAAUCAAGGUAUAAAUUUAUUAAAAAAAUUUCAAUGGUUAUUAAAUCCACGUCAAGUAUUUGAUUUAUCUAAAGGUGGACCAAAAAUGGGUUUAGAAUUGUUCAGUCGUGUACCAAAUCUACGUAUCCUAGUAUGUGGUGGUGAUGGUACAGUUGGUUGGAUAUUUUCUAGUAUUGAUUCAAUGAAUUUUAAUACAAUACCACCAGUUGCUGUAUUACCAAUAGGUACUGGAAAUGAUCUAGCUAGAGCAUUAAAUUGGGGUUCAGGCUAUAUUGAUGAAUCUGUAUCGAAAAUAUUAAACUCGGUUUAUGAAGGUCGUGUUAUUGCGUUGGACAGAUGGCAAGUGAAUAGUGAAGUACGAACAGAUUUUCAAACAACUCAACAACUAACCGACUAUGAAGAUGAUGAUUCCACAAGAAAUAGACCAAUUUCUGAUACAUUACCCUUGAAAGUUUUUAAUAAUUAUUUUUCUCUUGGUGCAGAUGCUGCAACAGCAUUACAAUUUCAUGAAUCAAGAGAAGCAAAUCCUGAAAAAUUCAAUAGUCGUUUAAAAAAUAAAUUAUUUUACGCUGGACUUGGUGGUAAAGAUCUACUUCGACGAAGUUGGCGUGAUCUAUCGGAACAUAUUACACUUAUUUGUGAUGAUGAAGAUUUCACUCCACUUAUCCGUAGUUUGAAACCACAUUGUAUAUUGUUUCUAAAUAUUCCAAGAUAUGGAUCUGGCACCUUACCAUGGGGUCAGCCAACAGAAGAAUUCCAACCUCAAAGAAUUGAUGAUGGAUAUAUUGAAGUCAUAGGUCUUACUUCGACGUCAUUAGCAACUUUACAAAUAGGUGGACAUGGUGAUCGAAUUUGUCAAUGUCGUCGUGUACAUCUUACAACAGAUAUAGUUAUCCCUAUGCAAAUGGAUGGUGAACCAUGUCGUUUAAUGCCAUCAAAAAUUGAUGUAUUCUGUUCACAUCAAGCAUUAGUCAUACAAAAAUUAACACGUUCACCUAUCUCAGCUGUAACGCUUAACGAAUUUUGCGGUCAUUGUAAUUGUUUUGCUUAA